CAGGAACACACAGAAUUUGAUGGAAAUAAUCUUUUGUAUUGGGCAGCUUUCAGUGGGAAUAUAGAUAUGUUUGAAUAUAUGCUUAACCUCUUUGAGAAUGAAAAUAUAUUACAUAUAUCAAGUGACAAUAAACCAAAGGGAUAUAAAACAGAUAAUACAGGUCGUUCUAUCCUGCACAAUGCAUGCAAAAAUGGCCAUUUUGAUAUGAGUGAAUAUCUGUUGAGCAGAUACCCAGAAUUACUGGAUGUCUGUGACAAUGAUGGUAAAAAUAUUCUCCAUUACACAGCCCUAGGUGGCAACAUAGAUCUUUUUAAGUACUUAGUUGAGAAUUAUCCUCAUCUUUUAGACGUCAAAGACAAAUCUAGUAAUACAGUGUUGCAUGUUGCAGCCUGGGGAGGCAAUGUUCAAAUAGUAAAACUAUUGAUUGAGAAAAAUAUGGACAUCAAUGCCCUACAGGAAGGUGGUGAAACAGUUUUACAUCAGUGCUGUCGUUCUGGUAAAAUGGAGAUGUGUGAACAUUUGGUCAAUCAUUUUCCAGAGUUAUUGGAGAUAAAGGACUCUAAGGGGUGGACAGUGUUACAUUCAGCUUGUAGUGGAGGAAGUGUUGAAAUUGUUUCUUUUCUUUUAGAAAAAGGACUGGAUUUCAAUGCCCAGUCAAAUGAUGGUAAAACUCUCUUGCAUAUAGCAUGUCUCAAUGGGAAGUUUGAAGUUUGUGUGUACUUAGUUGAGAAUUAUCCCGAUCUAUUAGAUUUAAAAGAUAAAUCUAGUAACACAGUGCUGCACGAUGCAGCCUGGGGAGGCAAUGUUCAAAUAGUAAAACUAUUGAUUGAAAUAAAGAUGGACAUAAAAGGCCUACAUGGAGGUGGUGAAACAAUUUUACAUCUUUGCUGUCGUUCUAGUAAAAUGGAGAUGUGUCAACAUUUGGUCAAUCAUUUUCCAGAUUUAUUGGAGAUAAGGGACAAUGACGGAUGGACAGCGUUACAUUCAGCUUGCGGUGGAGGAAGUGUAGAAAUUGUUUCUUUUCUUAUAGAAAAAGGAAUGGAUUUCAAUGCCUUGUCAAAUGAUGGUAAAACUAUCUUGCAUGUAGCUUGUCUCAAUGGGAAGUUUGAAGUUUGUGUGUACUUAGUUGAGAAUUAUCCCGAUCUAUUAGACAUAAAAGAUAAAUCUAGUAACAAAAUGUUGCACGAUGCAGCCUGGGGAGGCAAUGUUCAAAUAGUAAAACUAUUGAUUGAAAAAAAGAUGGACAUCAAUGCCCUACAGGAAGGUGGUGAAACAAUUUUACAUCAGUGCUGUCGUUCUAGUAAAAUGGAGAUGUGUGAGUAUUUGGUCAAUCAUUUUCCAGAUUUAUUGGAGAUAAGAGACAAUGACGGAUGGACAGCGUUACAUUCAGCUUGCAGGGGAGGAAGUGUUGAAAUUGUUUCUUUUCUUAUAGAAAAAGGGAUGGAUUUCAAUGCCUUGUCAAAUGAUGGUAAAACUAUCUUGCAUGUAGCUUGUCUCAAUGGGAAGUUUGAAGUUUGUGUGUACUUAGUUGAGAAUUAUCCCGAUCUAUUAGACUUAAAAGAUAGAUCUGGUAACUCAGUGUUGCAUGAUGCAGCCUGGGGAGGCAAUGUUCAAAUAGUAAACCUGUUGAUUGAAAAAAAGAUGGACAUCAAAGUCCUACAGGAAGGUGGUGAAACAAUUUUACAUCAGUGCUGUCGUUCUGGUAAAAUGGAGAUGUGUCAACAUUUGGUCAAUCAUUUUCCAGAUUUAUUGGAGAUAAGGGACACUAAGGGGUGGACAGCGUUACAUUCAGCUUGCAGGGGAGGAAGUGUUGAAAUUGUUUCCUUUCUUUGCGGAAAAGGGAUGGAUUUCAAUGCCUUGUCAAAUGAUGGUAAAACUAUCUUGCAUGUAGCUUGUCUCAAUGGGAAGUUUGAAAUUUGUGUGUACUUAGUUGAGAAUUAUCCCCAUCUAUUAGAUGUCAAAGACAAAUCUAGUAAUACAGUGUUGCAUGAUGCAGCCUGGGAAGGCAAUGUUCAAAUAGUAAAACUAUUGAUUGAGAAAAAGAUGGACAUCAAUGCCCUACAGGAAGGUGGUGAAACAAUUUUACAUCUGUGCUGUCGUUCUAGUAAAAUGGAGAUGUGUGAGUAUUUGGUCAAUCAUUUUCCAGAUUUAUUGGAGAUAAGGGACCCUAAGGGGUGGACAGUGUUACAUUCAGCUUGCACGGGGGGAAGUGUUGAAAUUGUUUCUUUUCUAAUAGAAAAAGGGAUGGAUUUCAAUGCCUUGUCAAAUGGUGGUAAAACUAUCUUGCAUGUAGCUUGUCUCAAUGGGAAGUUUGAAGUUUGUGUGUACUUAGUUGAGAAUUAUCCCGAUCUAUUAGACGUCAAAGAUAAGUCUAGUAAUACAGUGUUGCAUGCUGCAGCCUGGGGAGGCAAUGUUCAAAUAGUAAAAUUAUUGAUUGAGAAAAAGAUGGACAUCAAUGUCCUACAGGAAGGUGGUGAAACAAUUUUACAUCAGUGCUGUCGUUCUGGUAAAAUGGAGAUGUGUCAACAUUUGGUCAAUCAUUUUCCAGAUUUAUUGGAGAUAAGAGACAGUUACGGUUGGAGAGCGUUACAUUCAGCUUGCAGGGGAGGACGUGUUGAAAUUGUUUCCUUUCUUUGCGGAAAAGGGAUGGAUUUCAAUGCCUUGUCAAAUGAUGGUAAAACUAUCUUGCAUGUAGCUUGUCUGAAUGGGAAGUUUGAAAUUUGUGUGUACUUAGUUGAGAAUUAUCCCGAUCUAUUAGACUUUAAAGAUAAAUCUAGUGAGACAGUGUUGCAUGAUGCAGCCUGGGGAGGCAAUGUUCAAAUAGUAAAACUAUUGAUUGAGAAAAAGAUGGACAUCAAUUCCCUACAUGGAGGUGGUGAAACAAUUUUACAUCUUUGCUGUCGUUCUGGGAAAAUGGAAAUGUGUGAACAUUUGGUCAAUCAUUUUCCAGAUUUAUUGGAGAUAAGGGACAAUGACGGAUGGACAGCGUUACAUUCAGCUUGCAGGGGAGGAAGUGUUGAAAUUGUUUCUUUUCUUAUAAAAAAAGGGAUGGAUUUCAAUGCCUUGUCAGAUGAUGGUAAAACUAUCUUGCAUGUAGCUUGUCUCAAUAGGAAGUUUGAAGUUUGUGUGUACUUAGUUGAGAAUUAUCCCGAUCUAUUAGACUUAAAAGAUAAAUCUAGUGAGACAGUGUUGCAUUAUGCAGCCUGGGGAGGCAAUGUUCAAAUAGUAAAACUAUUGAUUGAGAAAAAGAUGGACAUCAAUUCCCUACAUGGAGGUGGUGAAACAAUUUUACAUCUUUGCUGUCGUUCUAGUAAAAUGGAGAUGUGUCAACAUUUGGUCAAUCAUUUUCCAGAUUUAUUGGAGAUAAGGGACAAUGACGGGUGGACAGCGUUACAUUCAGCUUGCAGGGGAGGAAGUGUUGAAAUUGUUUCUUUUCUUAUAGAAAAAGGGAUGGAUUUCAAUGCCUUGUCAAAUGAUGGUAAAACUAUCUUGCAUGUAGCUUGUCUCAAUGGGAAGUUUGAAGUUUGUGUGUACUUAGUUGAGAAUUAUCCCCAUCUGUUAUAUGUCAAAGACAAAUCUAGUCACUCAGUGUUGCAUGAUGCAGCCUGGGGAGGCAAUGUUCAAAUAGUAAAACUAUUGAUUGAGAAAAAGAUGGACAUCAAUUCUGUACAGGGAGGUGGUGAAACAAUUUUACAUCAAUGCUGUCGUUCUGGUAAAAUGGAGAUGUGUGAACAUUUGGUCAAUCAUUUUCCAGAGUUAUUGGAGAUAAGGGACAAUAACGGAUGGACAGCGUUACAUUCAGCUUGUUGGGGAGGAAGUGAAAAUAUUGUAUCUUUUCUUAUAGAAAAAGGAAUGGACGUUAAUACCUUGUCAAAUGAUGGUAAAAAUAUUCUGCAUAGAGCUUGUCUCAAUGGGAAGUUUGAAGUUUGUGUGUACUUAGUUGAGAAUUAUCCCCAUCUAUUAAAUAUAAGGGACAAAUCUAGUGAGACAGUGUUGCAUGAUGCAGCCUGGGGAGGCAAUGUUCAAAUAGUAAAACUAUUGAUUGAGAAAAAGAUGGACAUCAAUUCCCUACAUGGAGGUGGUGAAACAAUUUUACAUCUUUGCUGUCUUUCUGGUAAAAUGGAGAUGUGUCAACAUUUGGUCAAUCAUUUUCCAGAUUUAUUGGAGAUAAGGGACAUUAGAGGAUGGACAGUGUUACAUUCAGCUUGGAGGGGAGGGAGUUUUGAAAUUGUUUCUCUUCUUAUAGAAAAAGGGAUGGAUUUCAAUGCCUUGUCAAAUGAUGGUAAAACUAUCUUGCAUAUAGCUUGUCUCAAUGGGAAGUUUGAAGUUUGUGAGUACUUAGUUGAGAAUUAUCCCCAUCUAUUAUAUGUCAUAGACAAAUGUAGAAACACAGUGUUGCAUGACGCGGCUUGGGGAGGGAAUGUUCAAAUAGUAAAACUACUGAUUGAGAAAAAAAUGGACAUCUAUUCUGUACAGGGAGGUGGUGAAACAAUUUUACAUCAAUGCUGUCGUUCUGGUAAAAAAGAGAUGUUUGAGUAUUUGGUAAAACAUUUUUCAGAUUUAUUGGAGAUAAGGUACAAUAAGGGAUGGACAGUGUUACAUUCAUCCUGUUAUGGAGGAAAUGUAGAAAUUGUGAUUUUUCUGAUAGAAAAUGGAGUGGACCUAAAUGCCGUGUCAAAUGAUGGCAAAAGUAUUCUGCAUAGAGCUUGUCUCAAUGGGAAAUUUGAAGUUUGUGAGUACUUAGUUGAGAAUUAUCCCCGUCUGUUAGAUAUCAAAGACAAAUUUAGUAAUACAGUGUUGCAUGAUGCAGCCUGGGGAGGCAAUGUUCAAAUAGUAAAACUACUGAUUGAGAAAAAGAUGGUCAUCAGUGACCUACAGGAAGGUGGAAACAAUUGUGAAACAAUUUUACAUCGAUGCUGUUGUUCUGGUAAAAAGGAGAUGUGUGAGUAUUUGGUCAGUCAUUUUCCAGACUUACUGCAGAUAAGGAACAAUGACGGAUGGACAGUGUUACAUUCAGCUUGUUGUAGUGGAAUUGUUGAAAUUGUGUCUUUCCUAUUUAAUAAAGGAUUAGACAUCAAUGCUUUGUCAAAUGAUAGUAAAAGUAUUCUUCAUAGAGCUUGUCUCAAAGGGAAAUUUGAAAUUUGUGAGUACUUAGUGAAGAAUCAUCCCCAUCUAUUAAAUAUUAGGGACAAAUCUAGUAACUCAGUGUUGCAUGAUGCAGCACAGGGAGGCAAUGUUCAAAUAGUAGAAUUAUUAAUUGAGAAAAAAAUGAACAUUUUUACCCGACAGGAAGACGGUGAAACUAUUUUACAUCAAUGCUGUCGCUCUGGUAAAAUAGAGAUGUGUGAGUUUCUGGUCAAUAAGUUUUCAGAGUUAAUAAAGAUCAGGGACAAUAAAGGAUGGACAGUGUUACAUUCAGCUUGUAGUUGUGGAAGUUUAGAUAUAGUUUGUUUUCUAUUGAAAAAAGGAUUGGACAUCAAUGUUUUGUCAAAUGUUGGUGAAAGUAUAUUGCAUAUUGCUUGUCUAAAUGGUAAACAUGAUGUUUGUAGGUUUUUAUCAACAAAUCACCAAGACUUGUUAGCAGUAAAAGAUAAUCGAGGUAAAUCAGUGAUAGAUAUUGCCGCUGAACAAGGUGACAUAGACCUGAUUCAUAUUUUGAGAGAACGCCGCUAUUAGGAACCUUCUUAAUUCUUCAUCAAUAUUCUGUAUUU